UCAUCUUCAUUCUGGUCUUUGGAGGCAGGAAGUACUGGAUGGAAUAGGGAGUGAAGUGGAGAAGAUGUCAUGUCCCUGAGCCUAGUGCUGCGGGGCUGGGAGAGACAAAUAGGGAAGAAGAAGAACAAGUUGAAAUCGUCACAGAAAGAUAAAGUUCGUCAGUUUAUGAUCUUCACCCAAUCUAGUGAAAAGACUGCAGUGAGUUGUCUAUCUCAAAAUGACUGGAAAUUAGAUGUUGCAACAGACAAUUUUUUCCAAAAUCCUGAACUUUAUAUACGAGAAAGCGGUAAAGGAUCAUUGGACAGAAAGAAGUUAGAACAGCUAUAUAACAGAUACAAAGAUCCUCAAGAUGAAAAUAAAAUUGGCAUAGAUGGUAUACAGCAAUUUUGUGAUGACCUAGCACUUGACCCAGCCAGCAUUAGUGUACUGAUCAUUGCAUGGAAAUUCAGAGCUGCAACACAGUGUGAAUUCUCGAAGCUGGAAUUCAUGGAUGGGAUGACAGAAUUAGGAUGUGACAGCAUAGAAAAGCUAAAGGCCCAGAUUCCUAAAAUGGAACAAGAAUUAAAAGAGCCAGGACGAUUUAAGGAUUUUUAUCAGUUUACUUUCAACUUUGCAAAGAAUCCGGGACAGAAAGGUUUAGAUUUAGAAAUGGCCAUUGCCUACUGGAAUUUAGUACUUAAUGGAAGAUUUAAGUUCCUAGACUUGUGGAACAAAUUUUUAUUGGAACAUCAUAAAAGAUCAAUACCUAAGGAUACCUGGAACCUUCUUCUAGAUUUCAGUACAAUGAUAGCAGAUGAUAUGUCCAAUUAUGAUGAGGAAGGGGCAUGGCCGGUUCUAAUUGAUGACUUUGUGGAAUUUGCACGCCCUCAAAUUGCUGGGACAAAAAGUACGACAGUGUAGCACUAAAGGACCCUUCUAGAAUGUACAUAGACUGUACAAAUAAAUACAUCGGAAAAUUGCACAGUCAAUUUCUGCUGGCUGGACUGAACUGAAGAUCAAUCCUCUCUUUACAGGUUGAGGGUUGAGACAAAUCUUUAAGGAUACAUCUUGGACCAUAUCAUUCAUUCAUCUAAUGGUGGUUCGGACUUGUCUUCUAGUCUGAACCACUUUUGCCAGUUAUAAUUCCAACAUAGUGGAUUUCAUCAUAUUUUUGUGGACCACCUUUGUUUACUCUCCCAUAAGUCUUAGAAGCUUUAUGAUGAUUAUUUUGAGAUUUCUGGUUUUGCAUAAAGCACAAUGCUGUCUUCAUGAGACAAACCGUUGUUUGGCAUCUGCAUUAUACAGAUCAACAUUAGAAAUGUUUUUUUUAAAUGCCUUAAAUAUACACUUGGGGCUAGGUGCAAAGACUAUACUGUUAGCACUUCCUAUAAGAGUGAUAUAUUUAAGUGUACUAGGUCCGAUAUUUGUUUCCUUUCAUGGCAGAUAACAGGUAUUGUCUAAGUUUUGAGUAUCUGAUAUAAAACAAUUGUAGAAACAACCAACAAAACCAAGAAUGUUGAUACUCUGAAAUCUAGGUGCCUAUAUAAAAGGUUUUAUUGUAUCUUUGAAAAGAUUUGGAGUCACACAACUACUGUGCACUUAUAGCACCCCUGGUUUAAUAUUAUAGUCAGCCUCCAGUGAGCGUCAUUGAGACAAGUUACAUGCAUAACAGAAUCUAAUAUUCUCUAGAUUAUCCAAUAUGUCAGAUUUCAUUGCAGUUUUGAAAUGCUUGUUUGUCUGUCCAGGAAGGUGUUUUCGUUUUUGUGGAAAUCUAAAACUUGAACAAUAUACUGAACUUGUGUCUUAUGUUUUGUACACAAUACAGUAUUUUCAAUUCAGGCAUGGGUUUUGAUGGUUGCAGUAUGAAAUAACAAAGGAACCUGCUUUAUACGAGGGGGUGGCAAAUGUGAUCAAAUCUGAGUUUUGAAGUGAUUAUCUCAGGCCACGUAAAGUUACGUUUUUACAACAUAAAGGAACUGCCUUUAUGGACAAAGCCCAUUUUCUCAAUUACUUAUUUUGUUGAGAUUUCCACAGGCCACUGUGGUUCCCAGUUACAAAUGUUGAAAGUAAAACUUUCUUAAACAAGUACAGAUGCGGAAUACUACACUGGCUGCUUUUGUUUCCUUACAUUAUUUUGUUGAUCACUACUACUACUAUUUGUCUCACUGCAUAUAACUAAAUUGGAACUGUUUUCACUUCAAAGCAGGAUUUUAUCUUGUGUGUUUUUUAACAUUACAGGAGUCUUGAACUGCUGUCAUCCUGAAAAUGUUUUUUCACUCUUCAGUUGCUGACUUAUGAGGAAGUGGUUAUUGUUUUCUUGAAAUAAAACCUUCUGUAAAACAAGCUAGAAAAUGUCAAAGUAGGAUGUCUAAAAAAUGAUUAUAGUAAUUAUUAGGAAUAGGGGGGUACUUAUUUGAAUACUCCAGCCAGUCCCACAUUAAGGGUGUAAUUACUGUUGAAAUUAGUAAGUGGAUCUUGCACUAAAACAGCAGUACACUUUUAUGCAGAUGCUAAAAAGAUUUUAGGAAGGAUUUAAGUAUUAAAUUGCUAAAAUUUUUAUCCUGUGUGCUUUGAAGUUGACUAAAGGAAAGGCUCUCCUCAUAUCAGUGCCCUUUUAAUAAAGCCCAUUCAUGCAUUUAUUUCAAGACUACAGUUCUACAAAAUGUGUUGCAAAUUUUUACUCCAGCUACUCGAAUUGGCUAUGCCAAGUUUUUUGUUUUGCUGCUUUCAGUAUUUCCUCUUUCAAUUUUGUGUAAAUAUUAUAAAUGGGGGACUUGAAUUAUGAAAACUUUACAAGGUGUAUAUGCGUGCCGUUUUCUGUCUUAAGGGUUUUGGUACACUUUCAGAUUGAUUGAUUUGAUUGAUUAGUUCAAGUAUGCUGUGUUUUGAGAUGAGCUCUAAUUAGCUUUUACCCCAAUACAGAUAUGACCUUCACAAAAAUCUGAUAUUGGUUAGUGGCAUAAUGCCAUGGUAUUUUUAAAGAAUAUUCCUUAUGAAUGCAAGAUCUUUUCAAGAGAAUAGUGUUGUCAUCAGUUUGGUACUACACACUUAUAAUUACUGUGUAAUUAUAAAACAAAAAUACAUUCAUUACAUAAAGCUUUGGAUAAUUAUGUAGCAGAAAAGUUAAGCUUAUUCAUGCUGUAAUGGCAUCUUAGAAUUUACAAAACAAAUGACUUUAAGUUGGAAACAAGCUUGAUUUAACAGUGUGGUUAUUCUAAGGAUAAAUGCCUGGUUACAGGAAAUAUUUUGUAUUGAAAAGUGCUCAGACAUGUGGCCAUGUGUUCUUCCUUUAUAUAUGCGUGUGAGGUUUGUUUUUGUUUUUUUUUUUUU